AUGGAAUUUCAAGUUAAAUCUGGUAUUUCCAUCAUUGUUAAAUGCCACCCAUUUUGUAAACUCUGUCCUGUUUACCUUCAGUCAGUUAUUCGUUCUGCAGCUGAAGAUGUCACUGUCCAAUUUGCAGUAUUGAAAAAUGGGAGUGCUUUAUUGGCUUCAGAUACUAUAGCGGUGCUUAGCAAACUUCCCAACUUUGUAGAGGAGUUAGCUAAAAACAUGAAUUAUCAGGUUGUAAAAGCUCCGUAUGUAGCUGCCACGAAUUGCUCCUCCUCAUCCUCAACUUCUGAGACUGGUUGGAUUAUCGCGGUAGUGAUCUUGGCAGUGGCAUGCAUGGUUCUACUGAUUCUGCUGAUUUUCUUUGUGGUAAAAUGGUACGGAAAAAAAUCCUCCUCGCAAAGAGAAGUAGAGAAUGCUGGGAAGGAGAGACCGAUGACUUCAAAUGCACUUCUUAAAGAAAGAAAGCAUGGGAUCAUGGACUUAGAGGAAGGGGUAAAUGAAAGGAACACUCAUUCUGUCCCACUGAUACUUCAAUACUCAGAGUCUACAAAGAAUAUCAGCUUUGCAGCACAAUCUGGGAACGCGGUUCUGAUGAGAAAUAAUCCAAAUCACACAGGCAGUCCUAACAGGAAUUCGGACAUUCAGGGACAACUGACGAAAAAAACAGAUGGAAAUAACAGCAAUGACAUUCAAAGUCAAAUGAUUUCCAGACAAGAGCAUUCUCUCCGAACAUUCUCAUCACAUGCUGAGAACAGAAAAGUCACUGAAGAGCAAAAGAAUGAUAAAGAAUUUUUACAAGGUGCUGAGUUUGAACAUGUUGCACAAAUGAACGUUUCCACACAGUCUCCAAAAGCUGUAAGCAUUCCACUUCGCUUCAAAGCAUCCAUAGUCCCAUUGCCACCACUGAAGUCUCAAAGGCUCACAGUUCAAGAAAGUGAUAGUGAAACAGAAGAUUCAGCAGAUGAGUCAUUGCAAACCUCUCAUGAUCAAGAAAAUGAUCCAAAUGACACCGAUCAGGUCUUAGUACCAAUGACUUGGGCAAAACCAAUUGAUGGAGAACUUCAAAGAAAAUCAGAAAUUGAACGGAAGCGUAAUAAAGAACGACUGAGAGAAAAACAAAGGGAAUCCCAGAGGAGGAGAAUGGAAGAAAAUAAACAGCAAACAGAAAAGGAAGAAGAUGAAAGUAACGUAAGACCGAAGGCAUCAGAAGAAAUUGACAAAAUGAGGAGAAAAAUUAAAAAGAAGAAGAAAGAACUUAAGGCAUGGAAAAAAGCUCAAGCCCAGAUUGCAUCUUUGUUGGAUUCUCAACCUAUUGUCUUCAGAAAUACUGGCAGAAACACACAAAAAAGGCAACCUUUUCCUUGGAGAACAAGCCAAGUUGAAGAAUUCAAGCAGAGCAUGCAAGGUGUAGAAAUGGUAAGUAUUACUCAUCAAUUUGCACUUAUUAAUUAA